CCUACAUAUAAGCCGAGACAACAGUGACGAUUUCAUUCUCUCUGGAAAACACUUGAAGGCAAAAUUAGCGACAACUAUCACUGAAGACAUGGCGAGCGAGCACUCGGUGAUGGCGGUGAUUAGAGCAGCGAGGCCAAAUUUUCGGAACAGCCAAGACAAAGUUGCCUUCGCCGUCAACGCCACUUUCCUUGUCUCCGGAUACGUCCUCAACGCCACUGGCCCUCCUGCUUUUGCCGAUGAUUCACUAUCUUCUUCCUCUACUGAGGAGGUAGGGAUUGAUCGCUGGAACGAAUUGGACGGUGAAUACGCGUUUCUCUAUGUAAUCCCUGGAAAGACUUCCGAGAAGACAUUGGUUAAGUGUUUGGCUAUGAACGAUAAAUUGCUUGUUGCUGUUUUGGCUACUGGUACCAAGGAGCCGCUCCAUCUCGAAAUCGAUAUUGGGGAAUAUGUUUCUGAUAGUGGAGGCGCCAAUUAUUCUGAUCAGUUCAAAAACCUGGACAAACUGGUGAAGAGUCUGCAAAAUCAGAUUUUGUCUAAGUUGGAUAAUGGUUCAAAUUCUUCAUCAACUACUGCUACUAGUAUAGAAGUAAGUUCAGUAUCCAGGCGUAAUAGAUCGGAUGCUGAUGAUCGUGAUGUUGGAGUUUCUGGGCAUGCAAACCCUCAAAUUCAUCCCUCAGGAAUCGUAGUUCCUCCU